CUCUGCGAUGGGAUGGCGGGAGUCCAUUGGGCUGGGCAGGCAGGUUCGGCUGGCGAUGCUGGGGAGGAGGAGGAGGAGGCUGCUGGUGGUGAUCGCGCCCGUCCCCCUCUCCGCAGGUCUGUGACAAGCAGAGAACAAGGCAACGACAGCGCAGCCCGGCCUCGGCUGACGGACGCGGGCGGCUCAGACAUGGACAGUGGCUGCCACAACGCGACCGCCAAAAUGUUAGCGACUGCCCCGGCCCGGGGCAGCGCGAUGAGCACCUCCAAACCCUUGGCUUUCUCCAUCGAGCGGAUCAUGGCGCGCACCCCGGAGCCCAAGGCCCUGCCGGUCCCCCACUUCCUGCCGGGAGCCGUGCCCAAGGGGGACUCCAAGCACCCGCUGCAUCUUAACCCGUCGAUCCCUUGCAUGAUCCCCUUCGUGCCGGUGGCGUACGACACGAGCCCCAAGGCUGGACUGACAGGCUCGGAGCCGCGGAAGGCGAGUCUGGAGCCUCCGGCGGCUCCGGCGGCGGGGUCCGCGUUCAGCUGCAGCGACCUGCUCAACUGCGCGCUGGGUCUCAAGGGCGACCUGGCCCGCGACGCGCUGCCCCUGCAGCAGUACAAGCUGGUGAGGCCGCGCGUGGUCAAUCAUUCUUCCUUCCACGCCAUGGGAGCCCUGUGCUACCUGAACCGCGGCGACGGCCCGUGCCACCCGGCGGCGGCGGGCGUGAACAUCCACCCGGUGGCCUCCUACUUCCUCAGCUCCCCUUUGCACGCGCAGCCCAAAACGUAUUUAGCCGAAAGGAACAAACUGGUGGUCCCGGCCGCGGAGAAGUACCCCUCUGGCGUAGCUUUCAAAGACUUGUCCCAGGUUCAGCUGCAGCACUACAUGAAGGAAAGCGCGCAGCUCCUGUCGGAAAAGAUCGCCUUCAAAACCUCCGACUUCAGCCGAGGCUCUCCGAAUGCCAAACCCAAAGUUUUCACGUGCGAAGUGUGUGGAAAGGUCUUUAACGCUCACUACAACUUAACCCGUCACAUGCCGGUGCAUACGGGAGCCAGGCCCUUCGUGUGCAAAGUGUGUGGAAAGGGGUUCCGGCAAGCCAGCACCCUGUGCCGGCACAAGAUCAUUCACACCCAGGAGAAACCUCACAAAUGUAACCAGUGUGGCAAAGCGUUUAACAGAAGCUCCACUUUGAACACGCACACCCGGAUACACGCGGGCUACAAACCGUUCAUAUGUGAAUUCUGUGGCAAAGGAUUUCAUCAAAAAGGGAAUUACAAAAACCACAAGCUGACCCACAGCGGGGAGAAGCAGUUCAAGUGCAAUAUCUGCAACAAGGCUUUCCACCAGGUCUACAACCUCACCUUCCACAUGCACACCCACAACGACAAGAAGCCCUUCACCUGCCCCACGUGCGGCAAGGGCUUCUGCAGGAACUUUGACCUCAAGAAGCACGUCCGCAAGCUGCACGACAGCAGCCUGGGGCUGGCCCGCACGGCGGCCUGGGAGCCCGGCGCCGACCCGCAGCCCGCCGCGCAGCAGCCGGCGCCCGCCCCGCCGCUGCCGCCGCAGCUGCCGCCCCCUGGGCCUCUGCAGCCCGGGCUCCACCCGAGCCACUAGUGAUCAAGGCCAAAGUCCCGUCCCAGUUCAGCCCAGCUCCCCAACACCGAGGCGGCGGCAGAGUGGAGCUGGACCCCCCGAUCCGAGCUGGUCUGCAGACCCCAGGGCAUGCUGGGCCCCACACAUGGGCCCCGACCAAAAGCCGCUGCAUUGCUCAGCCUUUCGCCUCUUGCAUGCCCCUGAUACAUGUCUCUGUGUAUUAUAUUCUAUACCAUAGACACUGACAAGUAUGAAA